AUGACAAAAGAAACUAUAAAAAAAAAAGUUCGUCAGUCCUAUACUAUUCAAGAAAAGGUGAUUGUCGUUCGAUAUGCCCUUCAUGAAAGUAAUACCAAGGCCGCUGCAAAGUUUGGUUUGGACAAGUCUCAAGUUGGCCGUUGGGUAACGAAACUAAAGGACCAAUUAAGUGAGGUUGGCUACAAAAAGUCCCGUCGUCUUGUUGGUGGUGGUAGAAAGGAGUUUUUUCCUGAAGAAGAAGCUCGGCUUUAUGCCUGGAUUGUUGAAAUGCGUAAUGCAGCACUUGCUGUAACCUAUAAUAGUCUCAAGUUAGAGAUGUUAAGGAUUGUUUCUGAAACUGCUUUAAAAAGUCAUGAACUUGCAAAAAGGCAGCUUGCAAGUAGUUUCAAGUGUUCUAUUUCUAAUGCCAUGGAUGGUUCAGAGGAUGAUGAAAUAUACUAUGAUGAAAUCUUUGAUAAUAAAACUCACCAAACCUCUGAUGAAAUUCGCUGUGAUGAAAUUCGCCGUGAUGAAAUUCACCGUGAUGAAAUUUACUCUGAUGAAAUUUGCCGUGAUGAAGUUUCAAGUAAAAAUAUUAUCAUUAUCGAUUCUAGUGAAGAUGAAGAUGAUAAUACUAAUCAGGAUAUUUUUGUUGAAGACGACGAAGAAGUUCUUAUUUUUGCAACAAAUCAAUAG